UCAUUGUAAAUGUGAGUAUUUUGAGUUUUGGACUGUUUAUCAGACAAAACCAGACAUGUGAAGGUCAUUAGAUUUUAGUGAAAUAGCUAGUCCAUGACAUCUUCAAAUAGUUUGUUCAAUCGAUCAUUUAUAGAUCAACCCAAAGAUGUAAACAGAAACAUUGGAGAAGCUGAAAACACAGUGUUUGACAUAUUUGGCCUCAUAAAUGUCUUGACUAUUGACUAUUCAUUUCGGGACUUGAGUUAAAUCUGCCCCUCAUAUGCUGUCGAUAUCAAUAAAAGAAGCUUCUUUUUAUAAUGUGUAAGUCCCCUCUGUGGCCUCCGCAGGCUGCGAGCACAGAGCUCGAGCCAGAUUCCUUCAGGUGGAAAAAUGUAAACUCCAAAAGCGCACAAAAGUCAGCAGCUCGGCGGCUCAUUACUGAAGAACUGAAGCUAGAAAUAAUUGGGUUUGAUGGCAGCCGGAGAUUGCAGCUCCCCACAGUUGAAACAGCGUUGACCACGCACGCUCACGUGCCGCGCUGUAACUGGAGGUUGCACGUACAGUGAGGACGAGCAGAGAGGAUCAUGGGCUAUUCCUGCACGUGCAGUGAAUUAUUGCAGACAUGGAUCAGCGUCUUUGUUUUUUUUAUGAGCCAGAAAUCUGGAAAAAAUGUUUGUUUUUCAGACAUAAUGUGAAUAAAAUGAAUAAUUCAGCAGUUUUCAUUAUUUAUAAUGAGGCCUAUUGAUAAUUGAUGGCCUGUUGAUGAUAGAUUGGUUGUCAUUGUCAAUGGUUGUCAUGAAUGAAAAGGGGGAAAUUUGUCCCGUCCUCCAACCAGACAAGACUUUAAAAUGAAUCUUUAGGUUGUGUCAGCUGGUGGGAGGGCACUAUAGUCAGAUCACUAUAGCUUAAAGACAAAUGAAGCCCCCUUCUGGUGCAAGAACUCUGACGCUUCCUGCAGAAGAAGACAAAUAAAGUCCCUUUUGCAAGCGCCAUCUUUCUUCGUCUUUUGAACCUUUGGUGUAAAACUUAACAGAUUUCCUGACAUCACACCUCCAAGACACUGAGCUAAAAACAUUCUGUCUCUUCCUGCUGUUAAUGUUAGAGCUCUAACCCUGCGUUAAGUUCCUCAUCCAUGGGAACAAACAUCAUUGAUAUUCCUGAGUGGCUCCCUCAGAGCGGCGGCGGCAGACAGGGAGAACAGCGAGCUGUUCAGUCACACAGAGCAGCAGCAUUAAGACUCUGUGAGAAAGAGAAGCCUUUAUUGUUCGUUAUGUAAGAUAUUUAGUUCCUGGAAGUCCUCAAACGUGCCACUGCAGGUCUGAAGAGAGGAACCCACAGGUUGGUCCUGAGUGUUUCUGACUGUCAGUGACAGUCCCGAGCCAUUGUAAAAGGCCUGUCGUUAAUCCAGAGCUCUCGCGACCUCGCCUCCAGCCACACAGCAUUCAGUCGAAUCUCAUUAUCUCUGUGUCUGCGGCGAACAGACCACACAGGAUUAUCAACGCUGCUGCUCGGACACAGAAUGGUGUCAGGUGGUCAGCGUGAAGACGAUUGAACUGUCAGAGCCCUUCAUCCUUGAUCUUAGUUGAGUCAAACAGUAUAGAAUAUGAGUAAAUAAAUGUGUAUAUAUAUACACCCCACAAGAGCUGCAGGUUUGGAGAUGCUUUGUCGUCCAUCACAAUGUGGCCCUUGUCAAAGUUGCUCAGAUCCUCACGCUGCCCAUUUUUCCUGCUUCUAACAACAACUCUGAGGAUAAACUGUUCACUUGCUGCCUAAUAUAGGAGCCCUGAUAACCAGAUAGUCAGUGUUAUUCCCUUCACCUGUCCGCGGUUAUCAUGUGAUGGCUGUGUAUAUACUUCUGUGGGCUGUUAGGGCUUUAUCUGGAGCAGCUCACUUUAGAUGAACAGGUCUGUUUUAAAGGGGCACUUUUACACAUGAAGUUUGGUUUUAGGCGCUUUUAAACUACGUGCCACAUUCACCCAUUCACACACAUUGAUACAGUGAUAACAGAUUUGCUGUUUGCCUGUUUUGUAUCAUUGUUAACUGAAUAUUUACACUGCUGGAUUUUGGUUUUGGAUAGUUUUUGAGGUUUUAUAGACUAAAAUGUAAGAGGCUCUUGUUCGAUGCUGCCCUCUCAGCAGUCUGUCAGGGUGAAAACAGAGCCUGACAUGGACAAAGACCUCAGUGUCUUCCUCCUCCUCCUCCUCCUCCUCCUCGUCCUCCUCCUCUCUUCCUCUCCUCACCAAUUCCCCAUCAGCAGAUUUUCCACAUUCUGUCCAAUCAGAGAAGAUGACACAUGCUUUUAUAACUGGAGCAGCCCAUUCACUGUCAGCCUUACGUAACCUGCCCAGUGAGUGUCUGAGGAGGUGUGAGAACGCCUCGGCCUCUUGGAGCCGGCGGUCGUGCCUAAUCUCCCGGAGCUGUGCGGGUGUUUGUGGGUGAAACCAUGCGGCUGGUUGGUGCUCCCUAACCUCCCCUGUCCCCCGCCUCCCACGUAAUCACCUAUCCUCCUCUUUUACCCCUCUUCUCUCCCCCCUUCCUCCUCCUGUUCACCAUGACGACCACCCUGGAGACGCUGUUGGUCCAGCCUGACCAGGAGCUGAGCCCCGAGCGAGUGGAUGGCUGCGAGGAGGUCGCUGGCCGCUACAAGGUGGUUCCCUCUGUCGUCUGCUCCAUGUGCUGCCUCUUCGGCAUCAUUUACUGCUUCUUUGGCUAUCGCUGCUUCAAAGCGGUGAUGUUCCUGACGGGCCUGAUGUUUGGCUCCGUCGUCAUCUUCAUGCUCUGCUACAAGGAGCGCGUUCUGGACACCCAGCUGAGCGUGGAGGCCUCCGUGGGCAUCGGCCUUGGCAUCGGCACGCUCUGCGGCCUGGUCACCAUGCUGGUUCGCAGCGUGGGCCUCUUUAUGGUAGGCCUGCUGCUGGGCCUGCUGGUGGCUGUGGCCACCCUGGUAGGAAUGGAGGAGCUUUCCGACAGCCCGCCGCGCUCCGUCUGGGUGCCCCUGGGCGUGCUGCUUGGCCUGGGCAUGCUGUUCGCCGUACUCACCCUACAGUGGCAGCGCCUCUUUACCACGGUGUCCACAGCGAUGUUUGGUGCAGCAGUCAUCACUGUGGCGCUGGACUACUUUGUGGAGCUCUUUGCCCUUGUGCUGUACAUGUACGAGCGAAUAAAAGCAGCACCUGGCAAGCCUGUGUGCUGGUUGACGUGGGUGGUGCUCGGGGUGUGGCCUGCCCUCACCCUACUGGGUGUCAUGGUCCAGUGGAAGGUGACCGCUGAAGGAUACUCCCAUACCAAGGUAAUCAUCAGCCGGCAGCAGAGAAGGAUGCAGGUGAUGCGGAUUCGUCAACGGGACGACCGCUACCGCAAGAAGAAGAAGAAGCAGCAGCACGGCUCCUCCUCCCACCAUCACCAGCAGGCCAAGCAGCUUCAAGCUGAGCCCGCCUACCGCCGCAAACCCAACCCUAUCCGCCGCUACGACACAGACGUCCUCUCGCCGAGCUACAUCCAGAGUUUCCGAGACCGGCAGGUGCAGGCGCAGCCCUUCCCGAGCCGGCUGGUCGGGGGACCCCACGCAGUGGUGGAUGUGGGCUAUGACUGUGGAUCCACAACGCCCCUCACUGGAGCUGCCGGACCUUCACUACGGGUCUGACCGCUCCCCCACCUCCCAUACGCCUGAACACACCCCUUAUCCAGGGAGAUACAUGACUCUACAAUCACUCCCCCACCUGGGUGUAAUCACACCUGUGCUAGAAAAAAAACACCACUGGGUUUAAAUGCAAAGAUUCUGGGUUAAAACAUUAUCUGGGUUUAGUCACACCCCUAAGAGGAUGAAAAUAUAUUUAGGGCUGGAUUUACCCAAAAUGCAAAAUAUGUUUAACCCUUUACUAAGUAAAUUUUUGAUCAUCAAGCUCCGCCCUCCUCGUGGCUACUUGCUGAAGCCAUCAGUGUGGUGCAGAGGUUUGGUUGACCUCUUUCAGUAGAUUCAGAUGCACAAAUGCAUGCAUGCACUUGCACCAACACAAACCGCAGCUACAACCGUAACGGUCGACGUGGAAACCUGAAGCAACCCGCUGUACCUGGCCCCGGCCUGUAUGUUGCCAUCUCAAGUCAAACCAAUCAGGGAUCACAGUUUUAGUGCACACCCGCCUCAGGUUCAAACACAGGCAUUGUAUGAAAAAUCUAAAUACAGCUUCACCCACGUUCAGCGUGCUGUUUCUACCGCUGUUGUCGAGCAACUAGUUCCUCAGCCUAUAGGCAUCUUAAAAGUCCAACAAAGAUCAUCUAUAAAGGGCAGUGAGGGCCCUUCAAUGCAAACCGGCAUCUUUUGCUUUCUGUGCCGUCUGGACUACAAAAACCGUCCUUGAAAUGAGGAGAUACAUCUUUAAUGUUGUUUUUAAAGGGGGGGGGGGACCUUUAUCAACCUUGGUGCUGGACAAUAAACUUCAAGCGUCAAACUGCUCUCCGAUGGCCAGGGGAAUCUGUUUUUAACGGGUGCCUUGCUCCUCCGUGGGCUGUACCAUUCAGCAACGGGAGGGGGGUUACUGGCAGAUCUCCAAUGGAUGGCUUGUUUUUGCAUUAAAUGUGAUCACAGAAGGAUUUUUCAAGAGGGUAGCCAUGGAGCUACGAUAAGCAGGGUUGUUGUCUUCACUGAUGCCUGGAUAUGUUAGGAGGAUUUGCUUUUAGCUGACAGCAAGAAAGCCACAUUUACACUGGCACCUCAUCUGAGAUUUCACACAUAUGGAAAAAGAUUUUUUCAAGUGGAAACCAAAAAUUAUUUUAAAACCUGAAGUUAAAACAGUUGAACCCCCAAGGGGUUAUUUAACAUUUAACAUUUUUAUUCCAUAAGUAGUACAAAUGUGUCCAAAAACAUUUCUUUCCUCCUCCUUGAAAACUAUGUGCAAUAUCUAGUUUUAUUAUAGCUUAUAUUUCCUUACAAUGUGAUUCAGAGACAUGAUAUUGUCCUCCCUUUAGCUCUAAAAUGAAGCUUGCUACAGCCUCUAAAGGGCAAUGCGAUGUGGAAGAGGUAAGGAUAAUGGUCUUGAUUCAGAUUCUCCUCCUGGAACGCCCCUACUAGUGGCAGCAGCAAGUAAAGUUAGCAUAUGCAACAGUGCACUGGUAAGUGACUUACUGUGUUACAAGGAAAAAGGUCCAUGUUGCAACAAUCCUCUGAUACUUUCGCUCACAAACAGUUUAACAUUGUUUUUCUGCAACUAUCCGACUAAUGAAAGGUGCCUCAACCAUGAGGGUACGUUUUUAACUUCCCUCCAUGUUGCCUGCACCCAGAGCAGGUCGCUCAUUCACUGGCAAAUCUGUGUGUGAAGGCGGGCAUACAAAAAAUGCGGAAGUACAAUCUGUAGUCCAAACAACAGCCAUACGUCCACGACAACUGCCGAGCUGGCUUAAGUCCGCCAGAUGAUGUGAACCAGGGGCAACAUGUAGGGAGGUUAAACAUCGUUCAUUUGCAUUUACUACCGUCAUUGUAAUGAUACAAAGCUGGUUUACAAUCAAUGUUUCCCUUUAACAAUCGACUGAUCGCUGAGAUGCCAGUGUGAAUACGGCCCUGAGAAUUAGAAAAAGUGGACUAGUGGCCAAACCAACUUGUACUUAGACCAACAACUCCUUCCCUCAUGUGCAUUGAUUUUCUUUAUUUAGGACAUGACAUUUUUGUCACCAGUGAAAAUGUGAAUACUUUAUCGUCUUUACCUUUUUCUUUUAAGGGAAAAGCAAACGUGGGGCCGGGGAUGGUUGUGUUGUACGUUUUUAUUCAACUGUGGGGAAACUGAAAUGCAUGAUCUCACCCCUCCGUUCCCCCGAUCCGCCCUGCGUGGUUCCCUCUUCAUGUGCAUCGAUGUGAAAUUUGUACAUAAAACACAGCACUUACUAACAUUUUUCAUUAUUAUUACCAGUUUCAUUCACUUCUUUUUCAUUUCUUAGGAAUCUAAUUUAAUCGAGACAUAUUCUUUUUUUUCAGUGGGAUGUAUUUAUUUGCUGAUUUAUUUAUUUCGCGAGCCGUUCUGUAAAGGAGAGUGCAAUGUCAUCACUGUAGGCCAGUAACUCCAUGCUUUUUUUAAAAAGAAAUAAUUGAAUUAUGACUAUGAUUAUUAAAGCAUGUGUUCCUAUGGGCCUGUAUACGA